UCACUGAAAAAUCACGAUCUCAAAUUAAGGCGAUCAUACAGGCAAAAGCAUCCGCAAGAAUUGUCAAUUUCCCUGCCUAUUAAUCUACCAUCAUUUGUAUAAGUUGGUGAGAUCUCGGUUUCGAUCGUCCUCCAGCCAAGGCAUCAGGCAUGUCAUGAACAAUUGAACACACACCGGGCAUAUCUAUCGCGCAAGUAGUAGUAGCCGACAAGCUUGCCUGUUCCCAGCGACCUUCUUCUGUUCCAGCCGCCCCCGAACUCAAAACGAUCACGCCAAGUCGCCAACAAUGCAUGCUGGAAGCUGGAUGCCUCGAAUCUCAGCAUGAAUGAUUGAAUGAUUGCUCACUGUGUACUUGUUAUUUUAAUCAAAUCCCUUUCGAAUUUUCGAUGUACCCCUGAGCUGUCCUUCCAUACAUUGGCGAUAAAACUAGAGCUCUGGAGGGCUGGGGUAUAUCCCCGGCCGUCUGCCACCUACCAUAUGGCGUUGGCCGUUGAAACAUCCCCUGUCAUGUGGCACGAGACAACCCAAAAUUAUCCAGUAAACUUAUCGAGUAAGGUUCCUUGUCGCCGUUGAUGACGGCAGCCUCGACGACGAUCGAUCGAUCGAGCCCGUGUCGCGUACUCCCGUGGGUGAUGCCACAUUGCCAUUGCCACGACGACUUCUUCCGCGAAGAACCGUUCGUUUCCACCGACGCUUUUGACACGAGAUAGAGAGAGAGGGGGAAAAUGCUGAAAUUUUAGUCCCACAUCGCUAAACCAGCGCGCGUUCGUGCCUGGUUAUAAGUCGAGUACGGCUAUAGCUCGAGUAACGCGCGGGCCGCGAUCGUGCGAGGGGCACUUGCAUUUCCCCGCGAGAUUUUUACGAUGAAGACCGCAUCGUCGUCGUCGUCGUCGUCGCACGGGUUCCCGGCCACCGCCUCGCUCUGCACCCCGUAUCUCCUGCUGGUGCCGCUCGGCCUCCUCGCCGUGGUGCUCGUCGUCCCCAGCCUCGGCUCCUCCCACGUCCGCUCCGACGGCCUCGGCGUCCUCUGCCACGCCGGCCCAUCCACCGCCGACGGCUACCUCGUCACGCCGGGUGGAGAUGCAGCUUCCGCUGCUGCUGCUGCUGCUGAGACGAAGGCCGUCGUGCGGCCGGAGCUCCGUCUGCUGGUGGGGGUGCUGACGACGCCGAAGCGGUACGAGCGUCGCAACAUCGUGCGCCUGGCGUACGCGCUGCAGCCGGCGGUGCCCCCCGGCGUCGCGCAGGUGGACGUCCGCUUCGUGUUCUGCCGCGUGGCCGACCCGGUGGACGCGCAGCUGGUGGUGCUGGAGGCCGCGCGGCACGGCGACAUCCUGGUGCUCAACUGCACGGAGAACAUGAACGACGGCAAGACGCACGAGUACCUCUCCUCCGUGCCGCGGAUGUUCGCGUCGUCGCCCUACGACUACGUGAUGAAGACCGACGACGACACGUACCUCCGCGUGGCCGCGCUGGUCGACGAGCUCCGGCACAAGCCCCGCGACGACGUCUACCUCGGCUACGGCUUCGCCGUCGGCGACGACCCGAUGCAGUUCAUGCACGGGAUGGGCUACGUCGUGUCCUGGGACGUCGCGACGUGGGUGUCGACCAACGAGGACAUCCUGCGGUACAACGACACGCACGGCCCCGAGGACCUCCUCGUCGGGAAAUGGCUCAACAUCGGCCGCCGGGGCAAGAACCGGUACAGCCUCAGGCCGCGGAUGUACGACCUCAACUGGGACAUGGACAACUUCCGGCCGGACACCGUCCUCGUGCACAUGCUCAAGGACAACCGCCGGUGGGCGGCGGCGUUCAGGUACUUCAACGUCACCGCCGGGCUCCAGCCGUCCAACCUGUACCACUUCCCAUGAUCGAUCAAUUUUUGUUUUGUAUAUUCUGAUUGUUUUUAUUUAAUGUUGUUGAGGCGACGUUGGUUGAUUCCGCCAUGGUAGCGUACGCCAUUCACAUUCUUUCUCUGGAAUUUGUUAUUUAGCAAUUGGUUACAUUAUCUGAUUGCGAGCUGACAGCGUGGCUGAGCCAAAGCGAAUUAAUAGUACAAUCAUUGCACACA